AACCAGUCGCGAGUAGACUCUCGAUUCUGACGACCGGCAGGGAUAGUCUAUUAGUCUGGCCAAAAAACUUUGACAGAUCAGCCGUGCGCCGUACCGUGCAAACGGGUACCGCGAAUUCGCGUAACGUACACUGAGAGAAAAAAAUAUUCUUGUAAAGUGACACUUACGUCAAAAACGGCUUUUGGUCAUUGAAAUUUUGAAAAAACCCUCCUAUCCAUUCCUACAUUAUUUCGUUAAUUUUUUUUGUAGUUUUUAACGGUAAAUGUGUUUUCGAUAUAAAGGUUAUGUUUUAGUCAAUUUAAUUCGGUUAAAGUGUCUUAUUUUACUUUAUAAUCCCCUAUUUUUUGGUACCGAGUACAGCUAAAUGAAUUAGGAUUGUUGUUUCUUCAGUGUUCUUCUAUAAGAGAAUUUAUAAGGAUUACUCUCUACGAUGACAUAUAGGAUUUUAUUAUUGGGGAUUUUGUGGAUUUUGGGACAAAGUGGUGCGUUUCAAAUUCAUAAACACAUGACUGUGGAUGAAAUUCGCGAUACAUUUCACGUAGAGAGGCAUGAUUUAGUACCAGACUACGAAUUGGUGCCCAUAUACCAUCACGUAAGGAAAAGAAGCAUAGACACAGCGUCCGGUGGUACAAACUCCAUACCAGAAGUGAAAACUUACCCUACCAAAGGCCCUCCAAUACGCCAAAAUCCAAAGUUGAGGCUGAAGGCCUUUGGGGAACCAUUUAACUUGAGUUUAGUGCCCAACGAGGGACUCUUUAACAGAGAGAAAAUCAAGAUUAUCACUGUAGAACCCAAUGCUACAUCCCAGCAUGGCGUAGAAUACGUGGAACAUCCCCAAGAUGGUGAAGAGAUAGGUGAACUGUAUCAAGACGAAGAAAACCAGGCAGCCAUUUUAUUAAGAAAAGAAGGAGGCGAUAUUGUAGUGGAAGGUUCCAUUGGUGCUCAUCUGGCCAUCAGACCUGUUCCAUCACGUCUUAGACCCGCUGUCAAAGCCCAAAAUCCUGAUGACGAGGUGUUUCUGGAUGACGAUGGCGAAAUGAGCAGUGAAGUAGCCAUUGACACAGGACUGCCCAUCAUCAGAGAUGACUCUAACCAAACAGAGACAACAACGCACCAUCAUAUAGUCAUUAAAAGGAAGAAAAACAAUGGUGACACCAUGAGUGACUAUGCUCUCAUGGAACCUGAUCAUCUUUCCAAGCGAUUCAAAAGAAGUACCAGAUCAAAAAGGGACGCUCCGUACACGAUUUAUCCAGAAAUUCUAGUGAUUGUGGAUUACGACGGUUACAGAAUGCACGGGGGAGACAAUCUUCAGAUAAAACGAUAUUUUAUCUCGUUCUGGAAUGGCGUGGACUUGAGAUACAAACUACUAAAAGGACCCAAGAUCAGGGUUUCCAUUGCUGGAAUUAUAAUAAGCAGAGGUAGAGAUGCAACUCCAUACCUGGAAAGAAAUAGGGUUGGAAGAGAUGCUAUUGACUCUGCAGCAGCCCUAACAGACAUGGGAAAAUACCUGUUCAGGGAAAGAAGAUUGCCAGUGUAUGACAUUGCAGUUGCCAUAACAAAAUUGGAUAUGUGCAGGAGGGCCUACCCAACAGAUCAGUGCAACAGAGGGACCGCAGGAUUUGCCUAUGUAGGUGGCGCUUGUGUUGUAAACAAACGUCUAGAAAAAGUAAACUCUGUAGCCAUUAUCGAAGACACAGGAGGAUUCAGUGGUAUUAUAGUAGCCGCUCACGAAGUAGGGCAUCUGUUAGGUGCUGUCCACGAUGGCAGUCCACCACCAUCCUACCUAGGUGGACCAGGAGCUGAGAAAUGUCAGUGGACUGAUGGAUUCAUCAUGUCAGACUUACGGCACACUGAACGGGGAUUCAGGUGGUCACCCUGUAGCGUGUCUAGUUUUCACCAUUUCCUCAAUGGAGAUACAGCGACGUGUCUCUAUAAUGCACCGCAUGAAGACGAGAGUUUACCCAGGGUACUACCUGGGAAGUUAUUAUCCUUAGAUGCACAAUGUAAGAGGGAUAGGGGUACUAGUGCAUGCUUUAAAGAUGAUAGGGUGUGCGCACAACUUUUUUGUUUUGACGCAGGUAGUGGCUACUGUGUAGCUUAUAGGCCGGCCGCUGAAGGAUCAGCAUGUGGAGACGGACAAUAUUGCCUAAACGGCCACUGUGUGGCGGAGCACGAGAACAUUAUUCCAGAUUACUCACAAAAUCAACCAGCAUACGUCAGACCAAAUAGCUUUACAGGAAGACCUUUGUUUAACAGCGAUGAACAAGACGAAUUUGAACCACUACCUCCCGACACUUACAAAUCCAAAGCAAUACCUUAUAAACCCAACAAUUAUUAUCCCUCUCAAACAUCUACAACUCCUAGUACCACCACCAUCAAAAUAUUACCCCCAGAGACCAUCUCAACCACCGGUCGACCAUGGGGGUGGUUCCUAGCAUCUCCUCAGUAUCCUUCAACAAGAAACCCUUACGACGUUGGGUCGUUCGGACAGUCUAGCAAAGAUCAAGUGAAGAAUAAUUAUUUGAAAAGGUCUUACAACGCUGCCAGUUUCUACGGAGAUAGUAGUGAUAUGAAAAAUAGUACUGUGGGCAGUACAAUCUUCUCUAGGACUGGGUUUAAAAUUGUUAACAAUAUCCGAACUCAGGGCUAAAUCGAAGACCACAAGUUCUAAAAGACUCAGCCCUCCCCUAAAAGGCAAAGUGUAAAACAGGAAACACGAAACUUUGGGGAACCCCCCGUAUAGUUUUCAAGGCAAAACUAUCUUGUGAUUUAUUAUAAUUAUUAAUUAUGUUAAGAUGAACAAAAUUGUUCUAUACGAAGUCACAGAUUUUGACUGCGACGCCAAAUAAACUGUUAAUUGAAUUCAUAAAAAAUAUGUGUGUGAUGUUAGUGAAGAAACCGUAAAGUUUUUUAAGUUAUUUUGAAGUUGUCAGGGAUGUUAGGGAGGCCUAAAUGUAUCGAGAUUAAAAAUGUAAAUAUCGAAUAAUAUCGAUAUUUUUUAAAUGGACCGUCCUUGGUCAGUAUCAAGACUCAAAAACCAAAAACCCUUGGAAAAAUAGCAUGCCGACUUUAGCAGACUAUUAAGACAUGGAGACAGGAGAUUCCUCGCUACUACUAGCUACUUCAGUACUACUACUGAAGUCAUGAACAUUACCAGAAAGACGGCAUUUUCGAAAUUAGUUCUUUUCUUUAGACAGAAGGUCUGCUUUGAAAAACACUGCCAGGAUUUUACUUCACAGCGUCAUCUUUAUUAGAUGUAGUAUUUAUGUCUGUUUAUCAUAAACUCACUCAUUAUUUCUAUUUAAGGGUUAAAAGAACUUCUAAGCUAUUAUUCAUGUGCAAUAUAAUUUUGACGACAAAUUUGACUUAAAAGCUGUGUGCAAUACCUAAAAAUAGAAAUCAUAGGUCGAAAUAAAUUAUGUGCACUUUAAUUUAUUUAUAUUAUGAAGAUAUAUGAAUAGUUUUUGUAUUAAGACCAAUUUUACCAGUUUUUCUUAAGAAUUAUCUAUUUGAUAACCAAGAACAUUAAUAUAAUUGUAUUUCAGUCAAUGGACUAAGCAUUUUCCCUGCCUAAGGCUAUUACUUAAAUAUAUCAAAUAAUAUCACAGACUGAAAUUUAAAUAUUCUUUGAUAUGUGAUGAACUUGUACGUCAUUGUACCAUUAUCUGACAAUAAAGUGAAUUGGUCAUUAGUUAUUAUUUAUGUUUUAGUUGUUUAUAUAGUUUUAGAUAAUAAAUAUAUAAUGUAUAAGGAAAAAAAUGAUCA